GCACAGUGUUUCCGGCUCUUCUCAGUUGUAGGCGCUCGUAAGGUUUCGGCAGUUUCCGGAGAAACUCGGGACCUUCGCGGCUCGCUGGCUCAGUUCCGAUCGCCUGGCGCGGUGGUGCAGGGUCUUAGGCGAGUCAUGGCGUCCCCGUCUCGGAGACUGCAGACUAAACCAGUCAUCACUUGUUUCAAGAGCGUCCUCUUGAUCUACACUUUCAUCUUCUGGAUCACUGGUGUUAUCCUUCUUGCCGUUGGCAUUUGGGGCAAGGUGAGCCUGGAGAAUUAUUUUUCCCUUUUAAAUGAGAAGGCCACCAAUGUCCCCUUCGUGCUCAUUGGCACUGGCACUGUCAUUAUUCUUUUGGGCACCUUUGGCUGUUUUGCUACCUGCCGAGCUUCUGCGUGGAUGCUAAAACUGUAUGCAAUGUUUCUGACUCUCAUUUUUUUGGUCGAACUGGUCGCUGCCAUCGUAGGAUUUGUUUUCCGACACGAGAUAAAGAACAGCUUUAAGAAUAAUUAUGAGAAGGCUCUGAAGCAAUAUAACACAACAGGAGAUUAUAGAAGCGAUGCUGUAGACAAGAUCCAAAAUACAUUGCAUUGUUGUGGUGUCACCAAAUAUACAGAUUGGGAAGAUACUAAGUAUUACUCAGAACAAGGAUAUCCCAAGAGCUGCUGUAAAACUGAAUGUUCUUCGACCAGAGAUGCAAGUAAAGUAAACAGUGAAGGUUGCUUUAUAAAGGUAAUGACCAUUAUAGAGUCAGAAAUGGGAGUUGUUGCAGGAAUUUCUUUUGGAGUCGCUUGCUUUCAGCUGAUUGGAAUCUUUCUCGCCUACUGCCUUUCCCGCGCCAUAACAAAUAACCAGUAUGAGAUAGUGUAACCAGCAUAUCUGCAGGCUUACUCCUCUCCAGCUUUAAAUUUUAGGACACUUAACGUCAACCCUUAGAGAAAGAAAUAUAAGAUCGCCUGACUGGAAGACCACUGACGCUGCUUACCAGUAGACUGAAAAACUGCUGAGACUACUUACCAGUAGACUGAUUCAAUCAAGAUAUUUGUCCAGUAUGUUCUAAGUCCACCUUCUGUCCCAUUCACAUUAGAUCUUUGAAGCGCCCCCCUAUCACCCUGAAACACUGGAAGAGCUAGUAAAUUGUAAACAAAAUACUAUGUUCCUCUUGACUUAUUUUUCUCACUGUAGGGUCUUUUUUUUUUCUUUUUUACUAAGGGGGUCUUUGAAAGGCUAUUUUGAAUGUGCUAUUUUGAUGUAGUGUUGUAAGAAGGAAUUGACCCCUCUAAAUGUAGUGUAAUAGAAACUUGACCCCUCUGAGCUGCCCCCUUCCCAGCCAAGGUUAUCUGGUUUGAUUGUAUUUUGCAUCAAGAAGUUGAAAUGCUGUCAUUAGAGCCAGAGACUCACACUGUGUAAUACAAUUAUGGUCAGUACUUGGAUAGCACUCAUCAGAGUUGCCAGGUGGUGGUAGUGGUCUCUGACCUAACGCACUCAAGACUGAAAGACACUGUGUUCUGGGACACAUCAGGUUUCAGCACACUUACACUUGCCUCCAAAUUAAGGUGUUUGUACUCAUGUUUAUAUUUUCCCUAUUGUCUGAAAGGUUCUAGUCACUACUUUAAUGAUGUCGGAAUUUAUUGUAUUUUCCUUAGGAAUUUAAUUUCAUUAGCUUUAGCUGAUAUUUUCUUACUGGGUUGAUAUGCUUGGUCAGCUUUAGUAGUCUUAGUUUU